GUGAACGGAGCCACAUUCCCGUACUGUUGGGACAACAUCUAGCUUUUAAAUCCUCACUACAGAAUGGAAGCAGCAGCCCACGAUAUGCCUUUAACUCCCUCACGUCAUACCCACAACAGAAACUCCAUCAAGACGUCCGCUUCAAAACACAGCAAAAAAUACCUCACGGUUCCUCAAGAUCAACGUUUUGUCCAUUUUGGGCGAGGCAAUGGGACUUCUGAAUCGUUGGGCAGGAGGAAGACUCACCCUAAUUCCAUUAUUAACAACUUCCUGGAGGCAGCUCAAAUGGGACCCACAGAUAGGACCUCACCGGGAGGGAUGCACUUCCGAGACAGCAAGAGGAAAGUAGACUAUGUUUUAGCUUAUCACUACCGAAAACGAACUGCUCACCACGGUGGUGGCUCUCCAGGCCCCCUGCACAGACCUGCUUCUUUGGCUAUCAUUUCUAAUGGGGAGACAGCCAAAAGCCACCCUGAACAGCAACAGGAGGAGGCUCGUAGCCAGGAUAUACCCCAUCCAGAUGCUCUGGAGAUUGAUGUAAGUCCUCUGGAUGCUCUGGAGGAAGCAAAACGGGAGCAGAGGGAGGAGUUUGAGCGCAACCUGAGGGAAGCUGGUCUGGAGCUCGAGAAAGAUGUGGAGAAUAAGAGCCAGGGUCUAAGCUUUGUCCGGAUACAUGCGCCAUGGAAUAUACUGACCCGAGAAGCAGAGCUCCUUAAAAUAAAAAUGCCCACUAAAAAAACGUACGAAAUAAAAGAGGAAGGGGGAAUUGCCAAGAAACUGGGUGAAAUAUGGCACAAAUUUACAGAACCGUUGCAGCCCAAAGUGCCACAGCAAAAGACCACCAAGAUGAAGCAUUUGUCUUAUCCUUUUUCUAGAGAAAAAAUCUAUUUGUACAAUGUUCAAGACAAAGAUGCAUUUUUUGACAAUGCUACACGCAGUCGAAUAGUACAUGAAGUUUUGAAGCGUACAUAUAGUACAAAAGCCAAAAACAGUAUGGGUCCCCGCGUUUUGGCUUGUCUUGAUACCUCGCUGAAAUUUGUGAUCAGCAUGACCUUGACCCCUCUUCAGACUCAGGGGAGAGAUGGAGUCUCACAUCUGAGGUUGAGCUUUGGAGAUGUUCUGAGAGCCAAAGGACAGCACAAACAAAAAAAUGUUCAUUUACUUAAAACUGCCUAUCCCUUCAUGGAUGGUGAAUAUGAUGGUGAAAGUGAUGAGAUGAACGAAAGAAAGCUCCUGUAUCGAGAAUGGGCACGAUAUGGAGCAUUUUAUAAGUUUCAGCCGAUCGAUCUUGUAAGAAAGUAUUUUGGAGAAAAAAUUGGAAUGUAUUUUGCCUGGUUGGGCUUAUACACAGAGUUCCUUAUCCCGUCCUCUUUAGUUGGGAUCAUUGUCUUCCUGUAUGGAUGUAUGACCAUUGAAAGUGAUGUUCCCAGCAAAGAGAUGUGCGACCAACAAAAUGCCUUCACCAUGUGCCCUCUCUGUGACAAGACAUGUGACUACUGGAACCUCAGCACCGCUUGUGGCACGGCACGGGCCAGCCACCUAUUUGAUAACCCAGCCACCGUCUUCUUCUCCAUUUUCAUGGCUCUCUGGGCCACCAUGUUUCUGGAAAACUGGAAGCGUUUGCAGAUGAGGCUGAGUUAUUUCUGGGAUUUAACAGGCUUGGAGGAAGAAGAAGAACAUCCCAGACCAGAAUAUGAAAUCAAAGUUCUACAGAAGAAACACAGAACUGAAAGCAGAAAAAAAUAAACUAACAAAGACAAACUGACCUGGCAAGAUCACCCCCCUGGCUACCUAACAAAUUUCUGUAUGUUUCUUUUCCAGAUUUCACUGACAUUUUCACUAGUCUUUGGUGUGAUUGUGUAUCGGAUAACCACGGCAGCAGCUCUUUCGAUGAGUACCAACGAGUCCACCAAGGCAAACGUCCGUGUCACAGUGACAGCCACUGCAGUCAUCAUUAAUCUUGUUGUAAUACUUAUCCUAGAUGAAAUUUAUGGAGUGGUUGCCAAGUGGCUGACAGAAAUGGAGAUACUCCAAACAGAGAAAUCUUUUGAAGAGAGGUUAAUUAUGAAGGCUUUCCUGUUGAAAUUUAGGAACUCCUAUGCACCAAUUUUUUAUGUGGCGCUUUUUUAAGGGAAGGUGAUUGGGAGGAGGGGGCUUUGCAUUUCCUGGUUCUUUUUUUUUCUCUUCCGUUUGAAUUGUGCUCCCGGAGGAUGCCUGAUGGAACUUUGCAUUCAGUUGAGCAUCAUCAUGCUGGGAAACAGCUGAUUCAAAACAACAUCUUUGGAAAUUGGAGGUCCCGUGAAAAAAUUAAAGAAGCUUUUCCGGAAGCUGAAGGAUGAGCGAACCGAGCAGAAGGAAAGUGAUUCCAACCCAUCCAAACCUCCACAGCAAUGGGAGCAGGAUUAUGUCUUGGAACCUUUCACUGGGCUGACUCCAGAAUACAUGGAAAUGAUCAUCCAGUUUGGUUUCGUCACCCUCUUUGUUGCCUCUUUUCCGUUGGCCCCUGUCUUUGCUCUGCUCAACAAUGUCAUCGAAGUCCGGCUGGAUGCCAAAAAGUUUGUCGCCGAACUGAGGAGACCAGACGCAGUUAGAGCAAAAGAUAUUGGGAUUUGGUUCAACAUCUUGAGCGGCAUUGGAAAAUUUUCAGUCAUAAUUAAUGCCUUUGUCAUUUCUGUCACUUCCGAUUUCAUUCCACGCCUUGUCUAUCAGUAUGCAUACAGUAACAAUGGGACCAUGCAUGGCUUCAUCAAUCACACGCUCUCAUACUUCAACGUUAGCCAUUUUAAGCCUGGAACCCAGCCAGAGAACUCACCUUUUGAACAGGAGGUAUCUUUUUGCAGAUUCAAAGAUUACAGAGAGCCUCCGUGGUCUGAAAAUCAGUACGAGUUUUCUAAACAGUACUGGGCUGUUCUAUCUGCGCGGUUGGCUUUUGUCAUUAUUUUUCAGAACCUGGUCAUGUUUCUCAGUGUGCUGGUUGACUGGAUGAUCCCGGACAUCCCCAAAGAUAUCAGUGAACAGAUCAAGAAGGAGAAGAGCGUGCUGGUGGAUUUCUUCCUGAAGGAAGAGCACGAGAAACUCCGACUGAUAGAAAACUUCAUCAUGCGGGAUAAGCCCAAGAGCAGGAAUGAGACGAGAGGGCGGAGAAACCGGGCGGCGAGUUUCUGCCAGUUCAGCCGAAGUCAGCGUGGCAGCUUCACCUCGUCUAGCUCCCAGCACACAGACGUAUGAUCCCUUCCGGCAGUGGUUCUCAAGCUUUCCAAAAAAGGGACCCACUUCUAAAAUUGCUCUGCUUUUGGGAUCUGCUGCUACAGUGCCAUGGGUGGCAGGUCACGCAGGCUUGGGAGGCAGGUAGUGUAGGCCACACCUGUCACUGCUGCCGCACCAGUGGCUGGGAGCGAACCUAGCCUUUGGGGGGUGAGUGAAGACCUCGAGGGCAGUAGGAAAAAAUGUGGUCGCCUUGCCCUCUCUUUUUCUCACUUCUGGCUCAGGAGAUACGAGAGGUUUUGAGCCACUUGGGGGGUCAUGACCCACAGUUUGAGAACCAUUGCCUUAAGGGCUUACCUGUACCACACAUGUAAACUGUUUAAUAACCUUCUCCCUGGAGAGCCCUAGCUCAGGUGGGAAGGAAAGCUGCUAGCAAUCUUUUGUUAGCCCCUGCAACAAAUUUAAAAUGUUAGGAUUAUUUGAGGGGGGGGGUCUUGACAGUUAACCAGAUAUACAUUUGUAAUCUGGAUGUGUCUUUUCAAGGAAUAAUAUUUCUGAAGCGUAUAGAAUCCUAGAGUUGGAAGAGACCCCCAAGGGCCAUCAAGUCCAACCCCCUGCAAUGCAGAAACACACAAUCAAAGCACCCCCUGACAGAUGGCCAUCCAGCCUCUUUUUAAAAACCUCCGAAGAAGGAGACUCCACCACUUUCCAAGGUAGUGCACUCCACUGCCGAACAGCCCUGACAGUUAGGACUUUUUCCCUGAUAUGCCUUUGUGACGAUGAGAUCUUGAAACUGCUGCAAGGGAAAAAGCAGCGGGGAGGUCAGAGUGAGCACAAACACUGGAGGAGAGCAUUAGGCAGAUUUACAGGAACUCCAUUUCUCCACCUUGCAUUCUCUUUACUCCGGUGUACUUCGUAUGCAGGAAAUAUUCCCAGCCAACUAGUAAAAUUUUAAGCCACAUCACAGCUUUCUCCAAAAAUCUUGCAAGUCAACAUAUGGUGAGAGAGCUUAAAAAUUGUCUGCUAGACAUCACUAACCCCAGAGGCGUAGCUGGGCCAAACUGUGCCCGGUGCGCAGUGUGUUUUUUCCGCCCCCCAUCCUCCCCC